UCUAUCUAGUCAAAUCUCAACAAGCCCUGAGUUCGAAACCAGGUGGUGUUCUGUUUCAAAUAUAGUUCUAUUAAUAAGACGAAAAAGACAACAAAGCCCUCCUUACUCGUGUGCACAAACGUCGUCAGUUAGGGUUAGCUUUUUAGAUUGAUAAAUUGAUUGUGUGUGCAGAAAGGAGGGGAGGAAUAUUCAAUUCAGAUUUACAUGAGAAAGUCAGUGCAGCAGCAGCAGCAGCUGGAGAACAACAGUCUUCCCGGAAGAGACGAUGAUGAUGAUGGAAUAUCCUCCUCCUCCGAGUCUGAAUACUCAUUCAGCGUAGCACGGGUUGCGGUGGCCCAGAUUUGCCAAUCGAUGGGGUUUACGGGGGCCCAAAAAAUGGCCCUCGAAGCCCUAACCGACGUGGCAACCAUGUACUUGAAAGCAAUUGCCAAAUUGGGAGCAGCCUCCGCCAACUCCAACGGCAGCCGGACUCAAUCUAACAUCCCUGAUGUCAUCGUUGCUCUCGAGGACUUGGGAUCUGUGCAAGGUUUUGCCGGAUCCUCCACUGUAAGAGAACGAUCCGUGUACACGUCAGCCGUCAUUAAGGAUUUGAUCAAGUUCGUCAACUACUCCGAUGAAAUCCCCUUCGCCCGGCCCUUGCCGCCGAGAACUAGUUUUUCCCCACGGCAAACUAGUAGUACAUUGCAUUAUGAUGAUGAGGGUGGUUCGAAGCACGUGCCGAGGUGGUUACCGCCGGCUGUGCCAGUAGUGGUGGAGGUGGAGAAAAGGAAGCGGUGGUGGGGGUGUUUGGAGGAGGAGAGAGAAAACCAAAAUUGGGAGAAGAAUACGGUGGUGGAAAAUGAGACGUCGUCCGUUAUUAAUAAUAAUGACAUUGAUAUAUCAUCAGCAAAGAGGGCCAAAGUGAGAUUCAAACUGGGAUUAGAAAAAGGUUUUUGUGAAUACUGAUGUUGUUAUUACUAUUAUUAUUCUAUAACUUUGUCCUGCUUAAAAAAUCCCUUGUAGGAACUCUGCUGCUUUAAUUUUAAUACACACACAUAUAACAAAUUUG